GUGAUAUGAAAGUACAAACUGACAAAAAUUAUCGAGAAUGAAAUGAAAAAAAAAAUUAGUCAGAUUUAAGUUUCAAAGCGAGUGAAUCCAUUUUCGUUGUUAAUGGCAACUAUUCCAAUUUAUAAUCCAAUUGUUCCUUUUCUUGGUGCAAUUCCAGGUGGAUUACGGCCUGGUCAUAUUAUUAAAAUAAAAGGAAGGAUAAAUGGAUAUGACAGCAGACUUAUGCUAGAUCUCAUAAACACGCCAGCCAUAAAUGUGAAUCAAGACAUAAUCUUUCAUAUAAGUGUCAGACCGCAAGAGUCAGCAAUUAUCAGAAAUCAUUUCAGUUAUGGAAGUUGGGGCCAUGAAGAACGCGAUGGGCCGUUCGCGAGAGCAUUUGAAACUUUCGAAAUGACAAUAACAGUUGAGAACGAUUGUUAUAGGCUUGCUUUGAAUGGAAUCGAAAUAGGAGCGUUCCUUCAUCGAUUGCCUUUACAAUUGUCACAAUUUAUUCAUGUUCAUGGCGAUGCAACUAUUGAUCAUAUUUUGUUAGAAAACGGAUACCAUCAUUCAAGUGGUAUUCAUAUGGGGACCCAUCAAAUUUCAACACCUUCUGCUCCAAAUAUGCCUAUGCCAAUUCAAACUCCAUAUCCACCAGGAUCACAAUUUCCGCAUCAUAAUACAUCUCAUUUCCCUAUUCAUCAACCACCUUAUUAUCCUAAUCAACAACCUCCAGAUGCUAAUUGGCGGCACAUCGCUGGAGGAUUUCGGCCAAGUUUUAUGAUACGCAUUAAAGGAAAAAUCAAUGGAUAUAAUGGAAGAUGCAUGAUUGAUUUCACAAACUCUCUAGGUAUUCAAAGUGGACAAGAUAUCAUGUUUCACAUUAGCAUAAGACCAAAAGAUUUUUUAAUUGUAAGAAACCAUUUUCAAAAUGGUAAUUGGGGAAACGAAGAAAAAUAUGGACCUUGUAGAGUGAAAAAAAAUCAAACAUUUGAAAUCGUUAUUCUUGCUGAAAUCCAACAUUAUAAAAUAGCAAUAAAUGGUCAUCAUUUGGGGGUGUUUCGUCAUCGCUUACCAUUGCAUUUGGUGCAAUGCAUUCAAGUUUAUGGUGAAGUUUCUAUUGAUCAUAUUUUAUUGGAACAAGACCUGAGAUCGGCUCAACAACAAAUGGUUCUUUCUCAAGUAUUGACACCUAGACCUGUUACUGUUCCUGUUAAUGCCCCUGUAUAUGUUCAAUAUCAACCUCCACAUCAACACCAAACACCUCCACCACCAUAUUAUGGAAACCACCCAAAUUCGUCAAUAACCAGAAUUGGAGGAAUCACAAUUGAAACAAAUCCUGGAAGAAUUGUUGUAAGGAAAGGUCAUAAUCAGUCGAAUAUUUUUCGAUUUUAA